AUGACGACCUCUUCGAACCGGGAUCAUUUCUUUCAGACAUCCGCGUCUUUGGAUGAGCAGGAGCGGAAAGAUGCCAAGUCUCAGAACACCAAUGGAAACCCUAUUCGACUGCAGGGCAAGAUCCUAGCAGUUCAUCCAGACCCCUGGCAUACUGGCUCGAUUUAUGUUGCGCAAAGCAGUGGCACUGUGAGAAGGGUCAUCCUUGCCACAGGCGAAACAGCUAAGGUAUUUACAGGUCCCAUGGCUCCUGUUACUUGCCUUUGUUUGAGCCCCGAUGGCAAGCUCCUAUUUGCCGGGUGCUGGGACCAAGCUAUCUGGAGCUGGGAUACGGCCACGGGCCAGCCACGUCAGAAGUACGAAGGCCAUGUCGACUUUGUUCAAUCAGUCAUCAGUGCAAGGUUACUUGGAAAGGACCUGCUCAUCUCCGGUGGUGCUGAUGCACAAGUCCUGGUGUUCAAUAUCACAAGUGGAGAGCGGUUAGAGACCUUCAAGGGCCACUCUCGGAGCAUCCAGGACCUUGCCCUUGACCCAGAAUCGGAUAGCACCAAACCAAUCGUAUUUAGUGCAGGAAGUGACCGGGAGAUUCGCCAAUUCAGUAUCUUUGGCGGUGGUGAUACUACUGACCCUCUCCUUCCACAUGAGACCAGUGUCUACAAGCUCUUUUUCGAUAACGACGGUGAUCUCUGGACUGCUUCGGCUGACAAGACUGCCAAAUGCUUGAUUCGAGAGGAUGGCUGGAAGGCCAAUCUGACCCUAGAGCAUCCUGACUUUGUCCGUGAUGUUGUUGUCUAUGAAGCAGGAGGCUGGGUUGUGACUGCCUGUCGGGACGAGGAAGUUAGAGUGUGGAACCGAUCGACCGGAGCACUGCAUCAUACUUUCUCUGGCCACUUCGAAGAGGUCACUGGGCUUGUGCUUGUAGGUUCAACCAUUGUCAGCGUAGGAAUUGAUGCGACCAUUCGCCAAUGGUCCCUUCGACCUGAUGAGCUUCAGCAGGCAGUGGAACUCGCAAAGAAGCCCGCAGCAGACAAAGAGGAAGAGGAAAAACCAGCCGAAUCCAUGCUAACGGCAGAGGAAGAGGCAGAGUUGGCAGAGCUAAUGGGAGACGAUUAG